GCUGCGUAGGAAAUCGUUGUCAGCAUGGAGUAUGUAUACCAAUGGAUCAUCAAUAUUUUUGUCUGUGUCCUCCUGGAUAUGAGGGACAAAACUGUGACAAAGACAUUGAUGACUGUGCCAGCGGCCCAUGUCAGUACGGGACAUGCCAUGACAAAGUUGAUGAUUUUCAUUGUGAUUGUGUUUUCUUCUUCAAAGGCAAAAUGUGUAACAAACUUACAUCAUGGGCCAUAGCAUUUAUAGCAUUAGCAUCUUUAGCGGUUCUUCUAACUUGUUGUUGUUGCUGGUGGAUUAUGGGAAUUUGUAACAGGGACGAAGAAAAGACAAAAGUUAAACCUAUGAAGGAAAAGAUUAAACCGAAACCAACGGAGAGACAACCACGAUAUGAUAGAUGGUGAUGGAGU